UCAUCGUCGCCGUCUUCAUCGUAGUAGUCUUCACCUUUCUGAUAUAGAGGUGGUUCAUGAAUUGAGUAUCGAAUCGAAAGUUUAGUACUUCAUAUAAUGUGGUGCGGUGUGAAUCGGUUGAAAGUGAAAAAGUUAUAAAUAUAUAUAUUUUUUGAAUACCAUACUCAACUUACAGAGACAUUCAAACAAAUGAUGAAAAUAAAUUAAAAUAAUUGUGCAACAAAACAAAAUAGAAUAAAUUUCUGUGUUAUUUGAAAAAAGAAAAGAAAGAUAAAUUUGUAUUAUCAAGUGGAUUUAUGUAAUUUUAUCUCAAAUAUACAAAAAAACACAAAGAUGAAUGUUAGGAAAUUAUCAAUAAAUUGGAGAACACCAAGGAUAACCUUAUAAGCUUUAAAGGAUUUCUUCUUCGAAGCUGAUUAUAAAUUCUUGAAAUCCAAGAUUUCUAUACCAACAUUUUUGCUCAAAAAAAUAUGGGACAAGAGAUAUCGCAACCAAAUCAACGACAAAACUGCACAAAAUUACCACACCACAAUAACAAUCACAACAACAACAAAAACACUAAACUCGACUGCAAACAAAAUUUUCAAAAACAAAAAAUCCGCAAAGCCCUUAGUACUCAUAGUUCGGCAUCUACAGACAGUUCAUCUGGCUAUCAAACAACAUCAACAACUUCGGCAAAAAUCAAACCAAUUCUUGUUUACGAUCAAGUUUCCCCAGAAUCAUCGACUAUUACCAACCGAACUGGAAUCUAUUAUCCCUCAUAUUAUUGCUCUUCAUCAGGACGAUCUUCGGUAUCCGUUUCGAUAGCAUCGUCAGUUCCAUCAAGUAGGGAUUCUCAUAAAUCGGUUCAUAAACAAAAAGACUAUCUUGAUCAUCAUUUGUAUAUUAAAUCUUAUUUGGAUAUUGUUGAAGAAGACGAGAAAGCUAAGGAGCACUUUCAAACUGCCAAACCAGGUAUUCGCAAUUAUACGCCGAAAAUUUUAGCCGAAAAAACGGCCAAUCGUACGAAUAACAAUAAAGACGAAGCUUGGAUUUGA